AUGGAUCCUCAUGAUGUUUAUCAUGCUUUAUCAGCUAAUAUAUACAAAUGGGACCCAAGAGGACCACCACCACUACCUCCACAUACACAACCACCACCUCCACAACCACAACCCACAACCACAAUGGUGCAACACAAUAACAAUAUUCAUGCAGCAUUGCAAUCAUCUCCAGGGUCGUCAUCAUACUCUGCUCUCAUGAGACCAAACAGUAGUACUAACUACAGAGAUCACCAUGAUCAUCACCAACAUCAGUUAGGUUUAGAAGAUUUCUUUCAACCAUAUGGUAUUCGAUACCACACAGUAGCCAAGAUAAGCGAGUUGGGAUUUACAGUGAAGACUUUACUAGAAAUGAGAGAUGAAGAUUUAGAUGAAAUGAUGAACAAUGUUUCUCUGUUAUACCGGUGGGAGUUACUUGUUGGUGAGAGGUAUGGUAUCAAAGCUGCUGUUCAUGCUGAACAACGUAACAGAUCACGUGAUCAUGAUGCUGAUCUAAUCAGAAGAGGACAGCUCAUCACUAAUGAUUCUGCAACCAACGCUCUUGAUGCUCUCUCCCAAGAAGGAUUAUCGGAAGAAGCAGUGCAACAAGAGAAAGAGGUGAUGGGAAGUGGUGGUGCAUUGGAGAGUGUGCCAACAAAAGAGCUGAAGAAAAAGAAGAAGAAGCAGCAACAGAGGAGGAGGAAAGGUGUGUUGAGCAAUGAGGAUGAUGAAGGAGAAGGUAGUGGCAGCGAUGGUGGUGGUGGUGGUGUUAUUACUGAAAGACAUAGAGAACAUCCAUUUAUUGUUACAGAACCCGGUGAAGUAGCCCGUGGUAAAAAGAAUGGACUUGAUUAUUUGUUUCAUCUUUACGAACAAUGUCGCGAUUUCUUGAUUGAAGUUCAAAAUAAUGCUAAAGAACGUGGUGAAAAAUGCCCCACUAAGGUGACUAAUCAGGUGUUCAGAUAUGCAAAGAAGGCGGGUGCGAGUUACAUAAACAAGCCGAAGAUGAGGCAUUACGUGCAUUGUUACGCGCUGCACUGUCUUGAUCCAGAGGGAUCAAAUGCAUUAAGGAGAGCUUUCAAGGAAAGAGGAGAAAAUGUUGGAGCAUGGAGACAAGCAUGUUAUGAGCCUCUUGUUAAGAUGGCAGCACUUCAAGGGCAUUGUGAUAUUGAUGCUAUCUUUGAAGCUCAUCCUCGUCUAUGUAUUUGGUAUGUUCCGACCAAACUUCGUCAUCUUUGCCACGCUCAACGUCAAAUUACGACUUCAGCUUCCACUGCCACCGGAACCACUUCUGCACCUGUAGUCAUUACGGGACCUAGGCCAGCUGGGCCUUCCUUUUAG